AAACAUGAAUCAAUUGUGUUGGUAAGCCGCAUGAGAAAAACUCUCUUCAUCGAAUACAAUACAAUAUUUGCAUUUCAUUACAACAACGCAACGUGAUGUGGGACAAUACAUAGGUGGUGUAGAACAUAAGUAGAAACGCAGCAGAGACUAUUUGCAAUGAUUUCGAGUGAUGGAAAUUGUAUCGCAUUUUAAUAACGGAAAUUACACCACACGCCUCGUCAGCCUCGCUUGAUGCAGGUGUCCGGGAGUUGAUGGUGUAAUAACUUCAUUUACACUUCCACAAUAAAUCGCAAAAUGGAAGAGGGGAUACAAGAAAAUGGACAUCGUCUACACGAUGACAAUGAUAUGGUGUUAACAGAGUUAGACACAGAGCAUGAUGGAAAUUUAGAACCCGAAAAUGGCGAUAAAGCACUAUCCGAGACUAGUGCAGAAUAUCGUGUGCUAGAAGAUGAGAAUUGUAACGGCGGCGACGACGACGAUGGCGACGAAGAUGAUGGCGGCGAAGACAUUGUUGAUAAUGACAGCUCGAUGACGCGAAGUGACACCGGCUUGAAUGAAGUCGAAUCCGAAAACGAUGACGAAGAACAGCCCUCGAGAGGAGUAGAUUCCGACUUGGACCAAUCAGAAUCUUUGCCAAGUCUACCGGAUUCAGAGCAACAAGCAGAUCCAGAUGAAGGCCAAGGUGGGGAUACCAAUGAUCAUCAUCAAAAUGGUGACAAACAGUUGAAGCCAUCGUCACAAUCGAUAAAACGAGACCGUCACAUUGGUAACGCGUUACCCGACGACAUCGAUCUCCUUGCCGAAUACGACGACGAUUCCAUAGCUAGCUCUCAAGGUGCCAAUAGACUCAUCUGGUCGGCAUUCAAAAUUGCCUUCCUCAUCUCUGCUCCCGUGUUCUUCAUUGGCCUUGCCAUGGUGAUAAUGGGGGCUCUAAACUUCCCAGAGAACUUCAAUCUGUUACCGAUCGGUAUCCCUGUCUUUAUCAUCGCAGGGUUGGUGUUCAUUGGAAGCACCGCUUACCUGUGUUUCUAUAAAGCGAAGAAGAUGAAGUUUUUUGAGUUUGGAGGGAACAUGGAUGGGGAGAUAGCCGGGAUAGGCAACGUUAGCUAUGACCACGGUGGAGACACAAUAGUACCUAAUACUGCUUAUAACCACGGCCAAGAGGCGAUGACAUCCCACCUUGAAGGAGAAGAUGGUGUCGUCAGCCAGGGCUUCAGCAAUGAUGAUUUAGACAACGUGCAACCUGCAGUGGUCUAUACAAUACAGGACCAAGAAGAGACCCUACCACUAUAGGAUACUUCCCGGCCAGCUCAUCGCUAUAAGAAAGAAGUGAAAAUUGAAACUGCUCAUCAUUUAAAGGAAAAGAAAUGUUGGGGUAUUCGCCGAACCGAAUACUAGAUAAUAAAACACUCAACAUUUCACUACAGUAAUAAACUUUAUAGUAUUUUAUUAAGACUAUUUUGAUAUUUACAUUUUACACAUACAUUUAAGUACAAAAAUUAGUUGGAUAAAGCUUGGAAAAUGGUUUGUUUUGUAUUUGAUUAUUGUCUUUCUCGUUAAACGGUGCACAGUAGGAGGAACAGAUGAAAAUUGUUUUAUAUUACACCGGUGGCGUGAGCAGAUAUUGUUUGAAGGAAUUUCAUUUCUGCAUUCUCGAAAUACGAUCACAUUUAAAAUUAAUAUUGAAAUAUUUGGAUGUAGUAAUUAGAAUAUAAUAUAUUCACCAUUAAAUAAAAAAUACAGAUAUUGGAGUAUAUUGGAAAGGAACAAAACUAUUGAGGCUGAAGAUGUUUUUGAUUUAUGAUGCAUCAUCACAUUAUAUGCUAUGAUGUUGACUAAACUGACUAGAAAACUGUAUGUCGAUCUGUAUAAUUUUACAAGCACAAAUUUUGAUUAAGACCACAAAAGCGCAGUUACAGUGAACAUAAUAUUUGUCCGUCGUGUCCUCAUACCUGAUUUGCAUAAUGUCAAUGCUAUGAAUAACACGCCAAGAAAUAUUGCAUAAGCUAAAAACCUUCUGUUACUUUUUCACACGGAUAUGAAUUAUCUAUGUUCUUUUUUUUUUGGUUGAUAUUCAUUUGUUGUCUAAUUUUUCAAUAUUUUUCAAAUUCAGCCAUGGU